AUGAAAGUAAAAGUUGGAUCGAUACCAUUAAUUCAUUCCAAUAGAUACAGAUAUGAAAAGAUUAAAGAUAGUUUGGUUUUAAAUGAAAAUGUACGACCAGACGAACCACUUCAAUUUGUAGUAAACCAAGAUGCUCUAAAGAUUUUACAAUCAAUCGACAAACCAUUAGCUGUCAUUAGUAUUAAUGGUAUGUCAAGAACUGGUAAAUCAUUGGUUGCUGGUCGGUUCUUUGGUCGACAAUCUCAAGUAUUUCCUGUAUCGAAUCAAAGCGAAGCAUGUACACACGGUAUAUGGAUGUCGACUGAAGUGAUUGACCGUGGCAGUCAUGCAGUGUUGUUACUUGACGCAGAGGGAAUGAACCAUGUUUCAUCAUCACACAACUCUGACAAUGCAAUCUUUCUCCUCUCAAUGUUGCUCAGUUCUACAUUCAUCUACAACUCUAAGAAUCUAACCACUGCUUCAGAUAUCGAUCAAAUCUCUGUCGUUUGCAAACUCAAUCAAUCAUUCAAAAUCAAGGUCAACGAGACUAUCAAUAGUCCCUCUGAAAUGACAGAUCAUCUACCCAACUUUUGUUGGCUCAUCAGAGACUUUUAUUUGAAUCCAACAGUCGAUGGAAGAUCUGUUACUCUUGGUCAAUACAUUAUCAACAAUGUACUGACUUUUACCGAUAAAUUUGAACCGACUCCAGAAGAAAAGAAGAAAAAUGAUCUUAGUCGAAUGAUCCUUCGUACAUUCAAGUCAUUCAAACCAUACUCUCUUCCACACAUUGAUCAUAAUGGUUUCGAUCAAGAGUUGGACAUGUUUAUCACUGAAAUGUUAAAUACCUCUAAACCAAAGAAUGGUUUUAAAGAUGGAACAACCAUUAAUGGUCCUAUUUUAUCUCAAAUGGUUGUUGAAUAUACAAAGGCAAUUAAUCAACCAGGUGUUGUACCAUCGAUUGAAUCAACUUGGAAUAAUAUAGUUUCAACACAAAAAAUUGAAGCUUGUCGUGUAUCAACCCAAGCAUAUCUAGAUGGAAUGACCAAUGCCACCAACACUGACAUACCAAUCGAAUACGAUCAACUAUUCAAACUCCAUGAAACCUUUUUAUCAAAAUCAUUACAAUUAUUUGUUUCAAAGAUUGAUAAUAUGAUUACUGAUGAAAUUGAAAUUAAUUCUUUAAUUUCAAAUUUUAAGAAUGAAAUUAGUUUAAAUAAAGAAAUGAAUGGAGAAAUUGAAAUUGAUGGUGGAUUACUUUAUCAAUUCAUUCAAAAGAAUAUGGAAAAGUCUAAAAAGUAUAAUCAAUCCAUCAUUGGUCCAAUGUCAAUCGAUUUGACAAACAACUAUUUUAAAAGAGCAGAUGAAAUUGAAUUCAAGGAUUUAAUGGAUAGAUUCCAAAGAAUCGAAACAAUCUAUAAAGAAAAGUCAAAAGGACCUGCUAGAAAUCAAGUAUGGAAGCUAUUUUUACAAGACUUUUACAAUCAAGAGCAACAAUUCAAGACGAUGAAGAAUUAUAAUCAAGAAUUAAAGGAAGUGAAGAAAAACAUUCAAGAGAGACAAGUAAAACAAAAAGAGAUGGAUGACAGAACCAUUGAAUUGCAAGAAAACAUCAAAAACAAGCAAGAAGAGAGCCAAAAAAUCCUAAAGGCUACUGCUAAAGCUCAGGCUGCUGCUUUGGCAAAAAUGAGCGACCAAAUCAAACAACAAGCAAUUGAAGGUCAUCAGAAAUUAAAACAACUAGAAGAGUCUAGAAACAGACAUGAUGCUGAAAUGGUUAGACAACAUCAAGAAGCACUUGGAAGAGCAAUGUCUGAAAUUAACUCUCUACAAUCAAUGGUAUCUGCAAAAAUUCAAAAUGAAGCCAUUCAACAACAACAACAGCAACAACACUACAAUCCCAAUCCUCAUCCUAGUUUUGGUAACGGAUUGGGUGGAGGACAAUGUGGUGGAGGUCAAUUAGGUGGAUAUCAAGGUGGAUUUGGUGGAGAUCAAGGUGGAUAUCAGGGUGGAUCCGGCGGUGGCCUUGGUGGAGAUCAAGGUGGAUAUCAGGGUGGAUUUGGUGGAGGCCUUGGAGGUCAAGGUGGAUAUCAGGGUGGGGGAUAUGGAACUACUAUGACUACUAAUAGUUGUUUCUCUGGCCAAGGCAAUACUAUUGGUGGUCAAAUGACCUUUGACAAGGGAGAAACACUUUCUGCAUGUGUCUCACCCAAUGCCCUUGACCUUAACUUUCAAGUACCAGGUAAAUUCAGUUUUCAAUUAAACAACAAAAAAUAA